UUGUUGUGCUUGACGACUCCACAACUACAUCCGGGUAACCGGGUUGACCUUGGUGAGUUAGUCAUCAUGGCGGCCAUCGUCAGGUUGAGUUCUGUGUGUCGCAGGAGUGUAAAACCGCUGUUCUACCAAAGCAGCCUACUUGCCAGGCCAGCCGUGGUCCUUCACAACGAGCGCCAGCAGCCCCUCCCGCUGACUGCAAGGAUUCAUUCAUCACAGCCUCUCUAUGCGGGCUCCGACUCCAAAGCCGCCUCUCUGCACUGGACUGCAGAGCGAGUGCUAAGCAUCGCCCUCUUGGCCAUGGUUCCUGCCGCCUACUUCAGCCCCGGCCCUGUCAUCGACUACUCCCUGGCUGCUGCUCUCACCCUGCAUGGACAUUGGGGGAUCGGCCAAGUGUUAACGGACUACGUCAAAGGGGAUGCAAAGAUGAAGAUGGCCAACGCAGGCCUCUUCCUCCUGUCCACAGUCACCUUCGCCGGCCUCUGCUACUUCAACUACAACGACGUGGGCAUCUGCAAAGCUGUCGCUCUGCUCUGGAGCAAAUGAAAGGGACUUUGGACUGGCAGCUCAGGGGGAACUAAUGCUCUGGGAGAAAUCUGGUCUCGGCUGAUUGUAAAGAAAAAAAGAAUUCAACGUGUUCUUUGUAAAUUCUUAUCAUUUUGAAAUGAUUUUGGAUGUAAUGUGUUUGUCUGAUGCUGAUCAGGUCCAGCUUGGUCUUUCUGUUGAGCUGAUUGCGUUGCAAGCUUCCGGUUUUCCGCAGCUCUUAUUCUCUGAAUAAGUCUUACAGAAUACAGCUGUUAACACUUCGUGUGUUUUUCUCCUUUUGAUUCAGUCGUGCAUGCUCCGACCCAGCAGGGCCACGCCGCAGCUUUUAACAAGCUUUCCUUUGUCUGCCUGAUGGCCGUCUCCACUGCAUUCCUUGAAUUUAAGGUUGCAUCAGGAAAAUCUGAAAGCAGACUGAAUUUAGGAGGCGGUUGUUUUAAUUCCAGUCUGUUCUGUUUCUCUGAGGGAUCAGUAAAGGUGUGGGGGGGGGGGGGGAAGGGGGUGAAGUGCAUCCUGACCUCAAGCUGUGCAGCCCGUGCAUUUGGGUGAAAGCUGGAUAUGGCUUUGCAAAAUGCUGCCCUGCUGAGUGUACUGUAGCUCAGGACAGGACGCAUCAGUAACGCCCUGGGCCACAACUCACUGUACAGUACAAAAAGUUUGCAGAAAUACACCUGAUUGGACAAAUGGAUCAUUUCUCAGACGGCGUGUAUGUUUCCUGGCUGUCUGUUCACUCUCUGCACGCCACUUGGAUUUCAGCAUCUUUUUUUGCUUCAAUCACUGCAGGAGGAAGUAAAGAAAACUGAGCUCUGCCUUCACUCCAUGUACACAAUACUGCAGUAAAAAAAAAACAACUUCA